AUGGGCAAACCAAGGCAAAAGACAGUCCUCAUCACCGGCUGCAGCGAAGGCGGCGCCGGAGCAGCACUGGCUCAAGAGUUCCACAGUCGCGGCUUUCAUGUAAUAGCCACAUCAACAGACGGCCUCAAGAUGCAAUCGUUAAACGACCUCGGCAUCACCACUCUCGCACUCGACAUCACCUCUCCCACUUCACGCACCCGCCUAGCCGAGGAGAUCCGCCGCAUUACCGGCAGCGGCGGCGGCCGCCUCGACAUGCUCAUCAACAACGCCGCCAUCUUCACCCUCAUGCCGCUCUUAGACGUCGACCUCCACGACGGGCGCACCAUGUUCGACGUCAACCUCUUCGGCCCGCUGGCCAUGGUGCAGACCUGCCUGCCCUUCCUGCUGGCCGCCGGCGGAACGGCAACCGUCGCCAACGUGAGCAGCAUAUCGGCAAUCAUGUGCCCGCCCUGGCAGGGCAUGUACGCAGCCAGCAAGGCCGCACUUGUCGCCAUGGGAAACAUCCUGCGGGUCGAGCUCGCGCCUUUGGGCGUCAACGUCGUCACCAUCAUGUCUGGGGGUGUGGCUACCGCGGCGAUGCAGACGGGCGAGCGGCAGAGCCAGCGCGUUCCAAGCGAUAGCCUGUACCGACAGCUGGCGCCGUAUAUCGAGGGAAACAAAGCUGGCAAGGCUAUCAAAAGCAUGGAACCAGCUGAAUAUGCUAGACAGGUGGCGGACGAUUUGCUCGGCACGCGGCCGCGGCCGCUCAUUUGGAGGGGAGCGUUCGCAUGGGUAGCUUGGGUAUUCACCUGGCUCGGGUGGGUGGGAAUAAUGGACGGUGGCCACGCAAAACGAGCUCUCCUGAAUCAGCUACAUAAUCCUUCAACAUAG